GUCAGCAAAUAAUUCUACAAUUUAUAUCCUUCUCUUAAAUUCCUAAAUUAAAGAAAAUAUCAUCCUAGACUUUCUUAUUACUCUGCUCUUUAGAGAAUCAAGAAGCAUAUACCAAACUGUACAUAAAUAAUACAUUCAUUCUGUAAUGGCUAAGUUAUUGUCACCAGCUUGUACAGAUGCUCUCAAAGUUCAGAACCAGUUACAGGGUUUGAGUUCAAGGGGUAGAUGGAGCACGCUUUCCAAGAAUUCUUCUGGUGCCACUUGGAACCCUAUGAUUGGUCAGAGGAGGAAAUUUGGCAGAAUUAAGGUUGCUACACAGGAUUCUGGAUCUUCCAGCGCUUUUGCUGAUGAUUAUUAUGCUGUCUUGGGUUUGCUUCCAGAUGCCACACCAGAGCAGAUCAAGAAAGCUUAUUAUAACUGCAUGAAAUCUUGCCAUCCGGACUUAAGUGGCAAUGAUGCAGAAAACACGAAUUUCUGCAUGUUUAUCAAUGAAGUUUAUACGGUUUUAAGUGAUCCUGUGCAAAGAAUGGUUUAUGAUGAAAUCCACGGGUAUGCUUUGACUGCAACCAAUCCAUUUUUAGAUGAUUCCUAUCCAAAGGAUCAUGUGUUUGUUGAUGAAUUCAGCUGCAUAGGCUGCAAAAACUGUGCCAAUGUUUGCCCUGAUGUAUUUAGCAUAGAGGAAGAUUUUGGGAGAGCCAGAGCAUGUAAUCAGUCCGGAACGCCAGACUCGGUUGAACAAGCUAUUGAAAGUUGCCCAGUUGAUUGUAUCCAUUGGACUUCUGCCGCUCAACUAUCUUUGCUAGAAGAUGAAAUGCGAAGGGUUGAAAGAGUAAAUGUAGCAUUGAUGCUAGCAGGAAUGGGAUCCUCGGCAGAUGUUUUCAGGAUGGCAAGCUCACGUUGGGAAAAGAGGCAAAACAAAGUCUUGGCGCAAGCUAGAACAAGGAUGGCAAAGCAAAAAGGAUCUGAUAAAAGUGAAUCAUACUGGGACAACCUUUGGGGAAAUGGGAAAAAGUAUGAAAGUACAGAGGAAGAAAUCAAAGAGAGAGCAAAAAGAGCUGCAGCAGCAGCUAGAAGGUGGAGAGAAUAUUCGAGAAGGGGUGUGGAUAAAACCUCUACCUUCAAACUUCCAGAGGCAAUCUCCAACAAGGAAAAAUAAUGCUGUAACCCUUCACUUCAACUUUUUUUUAUCUUUGCAAAUAUGUAUAGUGUUAGUAAAAGACUAGAGGACAUAGAUUAAAAUUUCCUGUACAAUAUGUAAUAUAUGUAAAUCAGUCACUGAACAAGCACCACUAAUUAAGAUUCAUAAUAGGUGCAGUGUUACUAAAUAAAAAAACAUUGCUUGAUAAUAA